CUGUGGUCUCCCUCUGCUGCGUGGACUGUGCUGGUAGGAAAGUGCUCCGUUCGUCUUCCACUCUGCCGUUUUCCUACUGUCUGCUGUUGUCUACCCAGACUGAAGGUGUCUAAAAGGGAAUGGAUCUGCGGACCCCGAGCUGACCAGCUGCUGUGCUGACCUGUAAUGCAGAGCUAAGACACUUGGACUGUAACAGACUCUUUUCAACCUCGCAGGACUUGUUUUACUCUUCAACUUACUAUUAAACUUGUGCUCAGCUUUUUUAAAAUCUUUUAUUUUUUUUUUUUUUUGCCUUCUUUAUGCUGCAUUUCAUUGACCGUAAACAAAUAAAACAUGGCAACUGGAAAAACAACAGGACUUUUUCUAAAGAUGACAGCGAAGGGAGGGGGAACAGUAGGAGGCUGGACUUUUUGCAUGUUUUAUGGGCUUGGGUUGGGGGGUGAGGAGCGGGUGGAGAGAUGAGGCAGAGGAGUUUUGGCUCUGAGUGGGUGGGGGGGUGAUAGUGGUGUGAGGAUUGCGGGCUGUGGUUGGGUAUGCCAGUGCCACGUGUCUAGCCUGGCACUUCUUGCUUGUCGAUCCGGAGGAUGUGGGACUGAGAGUCUUGCUGAGCCUGUCCAGCUUCUUUCUGAGCAAAAAGUGGGAUCAGUUAUUGCUCCUGCUGAAUUUCAGCAAACCUAAAGGAUUUAAAAGCUCUCUACUCCAAACAUUUGUCCUCCAAUCCGUCUAUUUAGAGCGUGGAGAUUCACCGACACCAGGCUGUUGGCUUGGCGUAAGCUUUCAUCAGAACACAAAACUAGGACCAGUCUCAAGGUUUUUGCUGCUUAAAGGAGUAUGUUGCCGACGCUCUCCCUCUGCUCCAUCAUUUGGCUGAACCGCGGUAUCAAGCUGAGGAAAGUACAGCAGUCUAGCAAUACUGGUCAGCUCUGAAGCCGUUGCCACUACAGCCAUUACAUCAGCUACCUUAUAAACUAUUAAAAAUGCUUCUAAGCUUUGGGUGACUUUCCCUCCUUCCUUCAGCCCCUCCAGCCUAGAAACCACAGCACCAACACCUCCCUUUAGUGACUCAGCAGCAGCUUCAGUUUCUGAGCGUAAGAAACUGAGCAGGAUUCCAUUAUCAACGAAAACAGGAACUCCUCCGCUCAACAAAAUGGCGACAGAUGGUUUCCAAUACCGUGUGCUCUACACAUUUACCAAGGACCAGGAAGAGGACUUGGACCUGCAGCCAGGGGACCUCCUGACUGUCAGCAAGGCCUCUCUGAUGUCAGUGCAGAGCUACGAAGAGGGCUUUGAGGAGCACCCGGAGCGUCUAGGCUGGAUCCUAGGAUACAACGAACGCACCAAGCAGAGAGGCGACUUCCCAGGGACCUUCGUCGAAUUUGUUGGUCCCAUCAAAAUGGCACAUCCAUCAAGUCAACCAAGGUCCCAGCGACCUCUCCCGGCUGCUCCCAUACCAGAACCAUCUCAAGCUGUUCCAGUGCCAGACCUCAGCCAGCAGUUCACUCCACCAGAGACGGCUCCCCCAGACCUGAUCAGCCUCAUCCAAGCCAUCGAACACAGAGGUCUGGACAGCAAAAUAUUGUACAGAACAGCAAGCACAUCAGACAGCUCAGUGUAUACCCUGAGCACUGAAGGCGAUGCUUCUCAGAGUGACGUGGGUUUCCUGUCUGAGAGUGUCCUGUGCUGCCUGAGAGACCUCCCAUCACCUGUCAUCCCUGCAUGCAUCUAUCCGCAACUUCAAACUGCAGUGAUGCAGCAGCUGCUUCACCAGUCUCUAGAUGGAGCUGUUGCUGGUAGCCAUGACAGAGAAGUGAGUCUGGUUCUGGAGAACACCACCGUGGUCCCGCUCCACCAUCGUCUCACCUUGCAGUACCUGCUCACACAUCUAACCAAGGUGCUCCAGGCUCAGGCCAGUAACGGCCUGGACACUCACACUCUGGGAAGGAUCUUUGGCCCCCUCCUGAUUCGGACAAGCCCCUCAAACCAAGGGUAUUCAUGGGAAGAGGACUUUCCCGUCCUGGUGGUGGAGAGGCUGCUGGUCGAGAGAACUGCACAGCAAGACUUCGAUCCUCCUGUUCUUCCAGCAAAACCAACCAAAUCAAGAAUAGCCCCAUCAGAUAUGACGGACACAAGCAGCCUGCUGAACGAUGCUGAGUGGUACUGGGGAGAAAUUUCCAGAGAGGAGGUAAAUGAGAAACUGCGAGACACUCCGGAUGGAACCUUUCUGGUGCGAGAUGCUUCCAGCAAACUGGAGGGCGAGUACACGCUGACUCUCAGGAAAGGGGGGAACAACAAACUGAUCAAGAUUUACCACCAGGAGGGUCGCUAUGGCUUCUCAGAGCCUUUGACCUUCCAGUCUGUGGUGGAGCUCAUCAAUCACUACCGCCACGAGUCCCUGGCUCAGUACAACGCCAAACUGGACACCAAGCUGCUCUACCCCAUCUCCAAGUUCCAGCAGUUGGUUAAGGAGAACAGCAUAGAGGAGGUGGGAGAGCAGCUCAAGGUCUACCAUGAGCAGUACCAGGAGAAGAGCCGCGAGUACGACUCUCUGUAUGAGGAGUACACUCGCACCUCACAGGAGCUGCAGAUGAAGCGAACAGCCAUUGAAGCCUUUAAUGAAACCAUCAAGAUCUUUGAAGAACAGUUUGAGACCCAGGAGAAAUACAGCCGAGAGUCUUUGGAGCGAUUCCAAAGAGAGGGCAACGAGAAGGAAAUUCAAAAGAUUCAGAGCAACUCUGAGCGUUUGAAGUCACGCGUGAAGGAAAUCCACGACAGCAAGCGAAAACUGGAGCAAGACCUGAAGCAGCAGGUGUCUGACAACAGAGAGAUUGACAAGAAGAUGAACAGCCUCAAGCCAGAUCUCAUGCAGCUUCGCAAGAUUAGGGACCAGUACUUAAUAUGGUUGACACAGAAGGGAACAAGGCAGAAGAAGAUCAAUGAAUGGCUGGGCAUAAAGAUCGAUGCUGAUGACUCCUAUUCUCUGGAGGAAGAUGACAGCUCACCUCACCAUGACGAUUGUACCUGGUAUGUAGGUGACAUCAAGCGCUCCCAGGCAGAGGAAAUGUUGAGAGACAAAUGUGAUGGAACCUUUCUCAUCAGGGAAAGCCAAUCACAGAAGGGCUCUUAUGCCUGUUCUGUUGUUGUUGAUGGCGACACAAAGCACUGUGUCAUCUACAAGACAGCCACUGGUUAUGGAUUUGCUGAGCCCUACAAUCUGUACUCGUCUCUCCAAGAACUGGUACUCCACUACAAAAACGUCUCCUUGGCCCAACACAACGACCAUCUGAAUGUAAAUCUAGCUUAUCCAGUCUUGGCCCGCUCUCAGAACCUGAAGUAGAACCAGCAGCCCAGAUGAUCUAUAGAUCUACCAGCAGUGGGGCACCGAGCCUUUGGACAGUGUCAGCUGUUUCAGAGAAAGAAGUGUGUUUUUGUCUGGAACCUGAUACAUCUAUAGUUCCCUAACAGAACCCAGUCCAUUAAAAAAGACUCCUCCCAAAAACCACACCACUACUGUCACAGAGCCACUGGCUGAGAGGGUAAAAGUGUAAAAUUGAGCCUCCACAUUAGCCAGUCACAGCUCUACUGGGUAAAAUCCACAAAAGGCCCCAAACAUCCACAGGAAGGUAGACUGGACACAGAAAUGUUAGAGACAACAUGUGUUAAAGAAGAACAAAAUAAGCACAAACAAGUCUUUUUAAGGCUGCACAAAAGAGAUGGAAAGAGCAUGUAGAGAAACUAUUGGAAAUAUUUAAAACUUUUCUUUUUUGAUGCCUUGAGCACAAAGUAUCUGUGUUUAAACAAAUGUCCUAUGUGUAAUCUCCAGACUCUCUGGAAACACAGACAAGUAUGCUUUUUAACUCCAUAAAGGAAUGGCUGCUCUCUUCCCACCUGAAGGUGGCUGAGAGGAUCCAGUGGGUUGGGGCUGAGCUGUGGGAUUUUAAGGGUUUUACCUACCAGAAGCACACAGGAAUAGUUCUGAGUGACAAGUUUCUGUCACUUUACAUUUUAAGGGUUGAAAGGAGAGGACUGGGAAUAAUAUCAAUGUGGCUACAGCUUUAAAAGAUAUACAGGCAGGUAUAUUUUAAUAGACUCAUUUAUAUCCAUCUGCUUUGCUGUGUGGCUCUCUCAUUAGGUCUCUUUUUGAACUAAUGAGAAGAAAAUAGCCAUUAAACGAGGAAUAGGAGCAAAUGCAUGGUACAUAUUUCCUGUUUUGUCAAUGACAGAAUAUAUAUUUUGAGUCACAGUACGCUAGAUUGUGAGGUACAUUUACAAACACAGUUCUAUGAUUCAGGUGUGCUGUUGUCAGACGCCUCUUACUGUUUUUCCUUUUCUAAUACUGUAGCACCUGUAGCUAUUGACACUCUGCACUGUUAGUGCUCUUCUUUUGCAUGUAGAUUCACUGCGGUACCAGCGCUUGUUGAGUAUUGACCUCUGUGAUUCUUCUACCUUCGGUACUGAAUUAGUUUCCUGUAAAGUUGAAGUAGAUUCCCAGUGGUGUGAUCCCCUCUCAGAUAAACGUUUUAAUUUGUUUCUUUGAGGCAGAGUUUCUGAUGGUACAUCACUGCUGCACCUGACUGUUCAUUUCAUCUGAUGCUUGAUUCAGAGGGCUGGAGAACAUUAAUGUACAAAAAAAGAGAAAAGGCAGUAAUAUAUGUUGUGUACAGUAUAUUUUAGACACACAUGCUUUAGAGGUAUGUGACUUUAUAGAGUUCCCUAGUUUCCUUUAUGUUUUCAAAAUAUUUGUUGUUUUCUUAGGUUCUGUUUGAUUUGGAUGAUCCGUCAAAUGUGAGCCCAGUAAAGGAUGUGUUCUCAUGUAGCACAACAGGAAUAAAAGAACACGUCCUUUUGCCAUUCAGCUAAGAGAUUACCCGCUAUAGUGUGUAUGGAGGUCUUCAUUUGUUUUUGUUUCUUUUUUUUAAUUUGACAAAUGGUUGAAAAUCUGUUGGCAUGUAGUGAUUAGGUCAUGGUGUGUGGUACUCCAAGCACACUAAAGUUUAGAUUAAGGAACCGUCUCCAGAUCAGUACAUAUCUACUGUUCUGUACUGUGGCAUUGAUCUCCUCUUACUGUUUCUGUGUGCUUUUGGCUCGAGGGACUAAUUGUUGUGACCUUCAUCGCUUUUAAAUCACAGUUGUACAGAUACAGAGAUAUGCAGUUCCUUUUGUGGUCAGUGGAGGCACUGCAGAGAGACAACUUACAAGGCUGCUUUUAAACUUGAUUCUCAGACACAAAUCUUUCAUAAUUUCUUACACAAAUGACUGAGAAUGGUAAAGAGAAUAUGUAUGAAUAUAUAUUUUUUUAUCCUGGAGCAGACAAGUUGUUUAUGAUCGAGUGUUUAAUACUCUGCUUUAUGUGUUUUUGUCUUGGGUUAGAAAUGUUUCCUAAAUGUGAUCUUCACCAGUUUUCUGCUCCUAACGACAGGUGAAGAGGUGGCAUCAGAAGUUGUAUGUGUCGGACUUGAGCACAGCUCUUUGAGUGUCGCCACUUACUGAGCUGAAUUGAUCCUGGGAAGCUCAGAUUGAGAUGGAGCCAUUGUGCUAUAGAGUCAUUUGCACAGUUGUUGGUACGGCGUAGAUCCCAGGAAUGAAAGCCGAGGCGGCAGCCGAGCUUCUGGUUAGAGGUUUACAGCGCUGAGGGAGGCGACUACAAGUGCCUUCUGUCAACCUGAGGAGUUUGUGUUCUCCUUGUUGUCACCAUUAGAUGGUGCCAUCACCACCAUGUUGUCAUGCCACACAUUUGCCAUAUCUAAGGUUAACGAAUAUCUGGCAAAUGAGCGUAGUUGUUGUCGUUGUCUGUGUGUGUAGUGGACAGAAUGACUGGUUUUGCUGUUACAUCUGAGAUUGUUACAUCCUUCUUUGUUUGGUUGCAGCUGUACAGUAGCUUGGUUCUCUAUCGUUGUGUACUAAAGUUUUGGGUUUUUUCUAUAUCUAUCUGGUAUAUCUGUAAUGAAACAUAGAUGAGUUAGAAAUGAGAACAGUAUCCAUUUUUAGCCUGGUGCAGUUUUUUGCUAGCCUCCCAAGUUCUAGCAAUAUAUUUUCCUCUUGGAUAUCUUGAAGUGGGUUGUGUGAAGUACAUGUGACACCAAAGGACUGACCUGACUUAGACAAACAGCAGCAACAUCCCAGUUUGGAGAAUAAAUAAAAAUAGUUCUGUCAAUUAUACAUCUUAUAAGCUCAGCAUUGGUGAGAAUAAACUGCUUUGCAUGCAUUUCUUUAAAUUUUAUCUUUCUACCAACAAUUAACAUAACAAUUAACAUAAUUUAUUAACGUAACAAAGACAAAUGUCAAAAAAAUUUGAAUGAUUUAAAAAGACGUUUCUUGAGUUGUUGUUGUUUGGCUGGAAAUUCUCUAGAGUCUUCUUCAUUUGUCUUAGUCCAAUAAUGCUGAUUCAAAUUUUAUUUCUUAAAAUAUGAACCUCUCCUUUUCAAAGUUAUUAGAAAGCUAUUCUACUGUCCUCAGUAAAUAAAUAUGUAGAUAGAGAUUCUUCAUUUUGUUAAGCUCUGACCUUCUAUAGCCAAUUAAUGCUAUUUCUGAUUUCUCUUGAUUCACUAUAAAUGGACUACAUAUAUUUCUACAAUUUGGAUAAACUGACAGUUUGACUGUCUUCACAAUAAAAUGUUCAUUUUAAAAUAAAACCAGGAUUACCAAUAAUCAGGUUUAUUGGUUUGUUUGUGAAAUAUAGAAAUACAUGAUAUCACCCUUCAGUAUGAGCAAAACCCAGCUAAAAAUAAUUCUACCAAAUGAGAUUUCUAAGGCAAAUUAUAGACCACUAAGUUUAGUUUGUUUUUCUCACAUAUUCAGAAUGUAAAAGCGGAAUGUAUAUUGACACAAUUCAUUUCAUCUUCAAAGUCUUUUGAAAAUAUGCAGAAAGACAGUAAUACAUAAAUUUUUUGUUUACUUAUUGAAACAUUCACUAAUAUAAUUUCAUAUCACAUGUUUUCUUAAUAUCAUGCAGCCUUGCUUACUAGGUCUUCUUCCUCCAGUAACAACUUCCACUCUGAAGAGUGUUGUCAGUGCAGUCGGUUAGUGAUAUGGUGCACUCUCCGUUCUGGUCACCAGCUGAUUGUUCCAUGCUUCUCUGCUUUAACAUCACCAUAACUUAAGAGCUCCUUUGAACUCUCUCAACUGACAUCUCCCAAGGCUGUCUCUGCUGACACACACAUAAGCUAACUAACGAAGCUGGAACUAUGCCUUCAAACAAAAAAUAAAGUAGCACCUACUUUCAAAGAAAAAGCACAGAUGAAAUUAAUUUCAUACAAUCCAUUUUGUGUGUGGAUCCAGGGCAACCAAAAGGCCUCAAGUGGUCCAAUGGUUCACAUUCCCAGCAGUAGAGUAAAUGUAGAAAUCAAAAUGUAAGACAAAUUUUAGAUGUUGUCAGUUCACUUACUCUGCUGGUGGCUCCCAGUUUGAUGACGGGUCACAAAUCUUCUCUGAUUCUCUUUACUGGGAUGGUGAUUAUUGUUGUCUACUGAAGGUAUUACAGGUAACUUGCUGACUGCUCAGAAGUUCUUUACGCAUGAACAGAACCCCCAUGAUGCAUGGAGCCUACAGCCUUUUACUUUCUAAGCUUUGUGAGCAGAACAUUUGCUUAGUUUAGUUUGAUGGACCAACACUUUGUGACUGCACAUGUUUACUUCUGCUUCACACAGUUCAGCACUCUGAAACUAACACACAGCAGAUAGGCUUUAUUAAUAGCGUGUUUUACUUCACAAUGUUGUAUACAAUAUAUUUCAAGUAACAGACAUUUCUUUUUUAUAUAUUGGAGCAUACAGUGUACAGUAUGUGAUUUUUGCUAUUUUGCAGUCAGUAGCUGUAUUGUAAAUCUUUUGCUUUUGGCCGAUUGCAUUAUUUUCCCUCAUUUACAGCUUUAAUACAGGUGAGUUGUAUUAAAGCUGUUUUAGUUUUCAAAGAAGCUGAAAGGAGAACUGCUGGCUCAUUUCUGCAGUUCCUGUUCACCGAGCUACAUUUCCUUAUAGAGUAGUUUAUCCAAAUGGUAGAAGGAUAUUUCCUACAGAUAGUUGUACUUUUCUCAUGUCAUUUACAUCAGUUUUAUUGUAGCUUCUUCUCAUUGUUAGAAUUUGGUUCAGAUUCUGUAUUGCUCUGGGGAAACACUCGCAGUGCUAAACACCAAGUUACAAAAAGACAAAGAAAAGCAGAUUCGGAUGUAAUUCAGGAAACAUACAUACCAGUAGAGUUAUUUAUUAGCACAUUCAAAAUGAUUAGAAAUGGCAUAAAUGGUGACUUGAAGUUUAUUUAAUUGCAUCUGACUGAUUAAGCCCAGUAACACACACAGCUUUUUGUACAAUCAAAUAUAAAAUAUAUUCCUGAUAGCUUCAGCAACAUCAUUUUGCAGACUUUCAGCUGUUAUAUAGAACGCUCCGUUAUUAACGGUGUGAGCUAGCUGGAGGAACUCUUGCAGCAAACGGGGUGAGAUAGGCAGAAACUAGAGAUAUUUUUGAGUCUUUUUUUCAGGGCAAUUGACUGCUCAUUUUCUCACCUUCACACUCAAAGCAUAUCUUAUCAAGUAUAAAAUCUAUGAAAAGUAUUUGUUUUUUGUAGAAUUUCAAGAACAAGAUUUAGUAAAGAGGCUACAGGUAAUCACUUAGAAAUCCUCCUGUUUUAAAGGACUUCAUUCUUUUUUGGUGUGUGUGCUUUAAACAAAUCAGAAACACACCCUGAUGUGAGUCAAUGUUUAGAACUUCUUCUUCUUGGGCUGCAGAAACCCCAAACCUUAUUCCUGUUGGCCCCUAGGUCAGGUUGGAGUAUCCCUGCGGGAAAUGACCCAUCAGUCUCACUGAUUCCUCAUAUGUUAACAGACAUGACUAUAUGCACAUUAGUGAGUGUAAACACAUUAGCUUAUACUACUCUUUUGGGUUUUUAGAAAAUAAGAAUUAUUGUAACAAAUAAACCCUAUCAAAAAAUAAACCAACUUUAAUUUCUUAUUUUUGUCUGAAAUGUCACAAAAUAUAGUGACAUUGUUGCUACGUUGGCAACAGUAGGGUGACUUGUUGAGAGCGCUGUGCAGACAUGACCUGGUGUGGCAGCGUCAGUAGCUGAUUUUAAAACUUUUGUGGAGGUAGUUGAGCCCGAUAGAUAAGAUCAGCUUCACAUCGCAGAUCUCACAGAAUGAAGGAACCCCUGAUUUAAUUGUUAUGCCAUAAUACUUAUAAAAAUAUCUACUAUAUGGCAUAUUGUUGUUUUAAAAUUGCUGACUAGUUUUUAAUUAGUCACUUGAUGUAUUUAUUUCCCACUGAGAUAACACACCAGAAUUCAUUUUUACUUUUAAAGAGUAAUUGAAACUAUUUAAAACUAUAUACAUCGCUGUGCAUCAAACUCCAUAUUCUGAUGGUUGUUUUGAUGAUUUCAUAUUUUAAAACAAAGAAAAAUGAUUAAUCUUUGCUAUCUUUUUAUUCUGAUUAAAACUAAUUUGAAACGUCUAUAAAUCAGUGAGGGGACCCAAGGUCAGGAAAGGACUUUAGGAUUCAGCCUUGGUAGCCAUCCACUGCAAAACCAACCAGCGUGGUCCCUGGAGCUCAUGUAGGAUUAUUGAGGCGCCCAUGUGGAUGAAGUGAGCUCAUGCUUACUUGGUAAUGCUUCCUGAACAGGCCUGUGUGUUUGGCACAGUCCCGGCUGCUUUGCAUUUCUUAUAUAUCAGAAAAGUGUUUGUCGUUUUUAUUUCUUUUUGCAAGGAUCUACUGUGUUUAAACGAUUCAGUUUUUUGUGAGUGGAGGCGGUUUUUGAGCGGCGCCAUGCUGCGUCUCACCUCUGCAGAUGUUUGUGAUUGCUGCAGGCGUUGCACUGUAAAAAAAAAGUCUCUAAUUUAUAGUAAAUUACUGUAAAUUUUGCUGUAUUUAUACAGUACAGUUCUGGCAACCACAGCUGCUGGUGUUUUACCAUGAGUUCAAGACUUUUUUUUUUUUUUUUACAGUGUAGUGUCGGGUGAACUCAGCAGGAAGCGACAAUGGCGUUAGAGAGAGAUCUUUCACGGUGCUUGAGUAUAUUUUUGCUCAUAUUAGUUGACUUUAAAAAGAAAAAAGCUGAUAUAUUUGUCUAUCCAUGUGUUGUUUUUUUUAUAUUAUCUGUUAACGGUAAACUUACAGAGCCUAUAAACAAAAAAAUAAGCUAGCUUGAUAUUUUUUUCCUCUAUACAGAAAAAAACAAAUACAAAUGUUUACAAGAUGUAAUUAACCAAAUAGUAAAGGUGAGCUUGAGAAUCGAUCUGUGUCCCUCCAUGUGGCUGUGAUAGAUUAUGUAUUGCUUUUAUUUCCUUUUUCAUUUUAAACUUGAAGAUGUUAUGACUGCUUUUUCUCUUUAACUUUGUGAACCCUCUGUUUUCAGAAUAAUAACUCAGCUGUCUGUUUUCCUGUGCUCUUCACGAGUCCAUUUGCUCUACCUGCUGACUACUUCAACUCACACUGAACCUUUAUGUGCUUGAACUGAACUUGAGACCCUGUUGAAUUUCUUGCUGUUUCUGUUGUUCACGAUCAGGUAGACUUCACUGCGACUCUGCCUGGUGGAUUUUUGAUAAAGGUCACUACAUGGAAUUUCAGGAGCUUGUACAGAAAUGUUGUGAACAAUAAAAGGCGCCACUUGGCGAACAUACUUGAGUACAAAUCCAGUACAAUAAUCGUAAAUUCAGGAAUAACUAUCAGCGAUCUAUUGUUUAUGUUUGCACUAUACAGCAAAGGAUCUUCAGAUGAAAAACUGAAUUAGUUUAUCUUUUAGUUUAUCUUUUGGUUCCAUAGCUCACUCCUUAAGACCAAAAUUUAGCCAUAUAAUGUCACUUUGUGUGUAAAAAUAUGAUGACAACUGCACUUUCACUUCCUGUUUUUCUGUCUUUUGCCAGUCUUUUUACUUUUUAGGACAGGAAAGUUGCUUGUCUGUAGGUUUGAGCCGAUGCACAGUGCUCUGAAACAUUGUGGGCCCUCUUACAGUUCUCCUGAUGUUGUUUUUUCAUAGAUUUAAUUAUCAAAGAUAAUCUGAGUAAAUACAAAAAUAAUGCUUCAAAUCAUUUCAUUUAUGUCAAGAAAAAAUUAUCCAAAGCAAAUUAGGCUUAUGUGUAAAAAAAAACCUAAAUCACAAAUUCACAGUGAUUAGAAAGCAUUGUUUGGACAGGUGAGUGGAUUUUAAUAGCCAUACCCUCAGUGCUGUCAGACCUGUAGAAUCAAGAAAUCACACGCAUAAAAUCUGUCUCAUAACAUAAACUAAAUAAAUAGAUUUUAAACAGCACGCAUGAUCUAAAGAACAGCAUCUACAGAACUUCAGGCCACAUUUGGCUCAGUUAGUCAGUGUUCCACAGAACUAUAAGAGAUAAAGGUACAGGUAAAAAUCGGUGCUAACCCCAAUAAACAUAAGGACUAGUGGUGAGACUUGAUUAAUUGCUAGGUCUAAAAUUAAUUAAUUAAUUAAUUACAUUUUAUUUGAAAACUACAUGUCAACAAAAUAAACUAUUUUCAAUUCAAAAACCCUUUUGCUGCUAAAUCGUUGAAGAAUAGAUAGGACCUCAACAACAAAGAUAUUUAUUGUUUUAAUCUGUUCUUCAACCAUCAGAUUGGAGUAAAGUGUUAUUCUAGCCGUUCAGUUUUUCAGUGCCUCAGGAAGUUAUAAAUGUGACUGUGUAUGUACACUGACAUGAGCAUUUGGGACAUUUGUGCUAAUGCUACAUGUUUAGCAGGGGCACACUUCGGGCUUGGAUAGCUUCACUGAUAGGCUAACUCCUUUUAACACAACUUGAAAACAACAAUAGUCUUCUCCAUAAUUCCAUAAUAUCGUUUUUUGAAGCAAAAUUGAAAAUCAGUGGUUGUCCUCCUGCUGGCGUGUCGGCCAUCACUUUGUUAGCAGAUACUGCUUGUGCGUCAAAUUUCCAAGUGUACUGGAAACGUGAAUACAAAGGUUCCAGAUUGGGACUUUUGCAUGUAAAAAUAAUUUUUAUUAGUUUUGUUAAUAUUUUUAACUUGUUAAAAUCCUAAUAAAGAUGCCCCUGUCAUUGGGAUUCACUUACCAUAAUCUGACUGAACUAUGAAUUCUGUUCUGUAGUGAAACAGACAUUCUUAAGUUAUGCAGCUGGACAGUGAUCCAACGCACAUCAAGUAGACUUCUGAAUAGCUAAAAUAAAAUAAGGCCUAUUAAAAGUAAAGACCUGACUCCAGUUGUGUUUAACAAUCUGUCCAUGCUGGAAAACCCUCCAAUGUGUCUGAAUGAAAACGAGUGUGUUGCUACCAAAGGUGGCACAAGCUGUUCCUCAUUUGAAGCUGCUUUUUCAAUUUACUCAGACUGUCUGAUAUAUAAAAUGAGUCUGAUGUCCUGAAACAUUGAUGUUUUUUCACAGCACUGUUAGUGUACUCUUUUUACCCGCGGUCAGGAGCAACAUUUUCAGCUUCACUUUCAACUCUUAUGUUUCUGCUUUGGUUCUAGCAACACUGUUCAAAUGUGGGUUAUCAUCAGCAAGAUCGAAGACUAAUAACACAAUAGUAAUAAUGACACCUACUCAUUAGCUUGAAAAACUGAUGAUUGGAAAUGGGUGAAGCAGUCACAUGAAGCUACUCUACACCAAAGUGCAAUUGAAUGCAGAGGGAGAGCUGUUGUUCCGGCCUACAGAAGCCUGCUGGCUGAGUUGUGCCAGCCAUGAUGCAGACAGCUGUUCCUCUCUGCUUGUCCUCCUGUUGGUCUGUUUGAACUCAGGUGCAACACUUCCUUCUUACUCACUCGUGUACAGCUUGCCACAGAUUCGUUUGUCCUCAGACAAGUACUCUUUAAACUGUAACGGAUCUUUCUGUAGGCUAAUGCAAUGAUUUCAAAAGACAAUAAAAGAUUUUAAACUGAAA